GCAUCCCUCCCUCCUUUUCAGCGAACAUCCAAUCCUCUGCCAUUGCUGCGGUUGAAUAAGAGACCCUUUAAAAACCCCUCACGAUGCAUUACGGGCCACCAUCACUUCUUCGUAUAGAGAGGGGUGCAUUGGCGUGAGCCGGGGACGAAACUAUGGCCAUCCUGAACUCGUUCGCGACAACGUGCUGGAAGAAUCUCCAAGGAGAGCGGACGAAGAAGCAGCUGUUCUUCAUCUUACGCGCCUUGCAUAAGUCCGCGGCCAGCGACGCUUCUGGGCUCUCUGUGGCUGGAGAAGAGGCCAUGCCAGACAGACUGAUCGCACCGUCCGAGGUCGGCGAGAAAGCCCGAAUCAUGACGCUGAAAGAAAUGCCCGGACCCAGCACCAUCUCCAAUUUGGUCGAGUUCCUGUGGAGAGACGGUUUCAGCCGAAUCCAUGAAAUCCAGAUGGAGCACAGGAAGAAGUUUGGCAAAAUCUUCAAAUCCCGUUUUGGGCCCCAGCUGGUGGUGUCCGUUGCUGACCGGGACCUGGUGGCUGAGGUGCUGAGGGCUGAGGGGGUGGCCCCUCAGAGAGCAAACAUGGAGUCCUGGAAGGAGUACAGAGACAUGAUCGGCAGCUCCACUGGCCUCAUCUCCGCGGAGGGAGAAGAUUGGCUGAAGAUGCGGAGUGUGCUCAGGCAGCUCAUCAUGCGUCCCCGGGACGUGGCGGUCUUCUCCGAUGACGUGAACAAAGUGGUGGAUGACCUCAUCAAGAGAGUUUGCAUUCUGCGCACCCAGGAGCCUGAUGGAGCCACUGUCCUCAAUGUCAAUGACCUAUUCUUCAAAUAUGCCAUGGAAGGCGUGGCAGUGAUUUUGUACGAGUCCCGAUUAGGAUGUCUGGAAAACGACAUUCCCCAGGAAACCCAAGACUACAUUGGCGCGCUGCACCUCAUGUUCAGCUCCUUCAAGACAACCAUGUAUGCAGGUGCCAUCCCCAAGUGGCUCCGUCCUAUCAUCCCCAAACCGUGGGAGGAGUUCUGUCUCUCUUGGGACGGCCUUUUCAAAUUCAGCCGCUUUCACGUGAACAAGAGGCUUGCGGAGAUCAAGGCACAGCUGGAGCGGGGGGAGGACGUGAAGGGGGGGCUGCUCACACACCUGCUCGUUACCAAGGAGAUGACCAUGGAGGAGAUCUACGCCAAUUUAACGGAGAUGCUGCUGGCCGGGGUUGACACGACCUCCUUCACCCUGUCCUGGGCCAGCUACCUAUUAGCACGGCACCCUCACAUUCAGCAGCAAAUCUUUACGGAAGUGAAGAGGACUCUGGGACCAGGAGCAGUAGCCACAGCCGAUGAUGUCACUCGUCUGCCUCUCAUCAGGGGUCUGGUCAAAGAGACCCUAAGGCUCUUUCCAGUUCUCCCCGGCAACGGACGCAUUACCCAGGAUGACUUGGUGGUUGGCGGAUACUUCAUUCCCAAAGGGACUCAGCUGGCCCUUUGUCACUACUCCACGUCUUUUGAGGAGGAGAACUUUGCCAGCGCUUUAGACUUCCGACCGGAUCGCUGGAUAAGGAAAGAUUCCACAGAUCGCGUCGACAACUUCGGCUCAAUUCCCUUCGGCUACGGCAUUCGGAGCUGCAUUGGCAAGAGAGUGGCAGAGUUAGAGAUGCAUCUGGCUCUCACAAGGCUAAUUCAAAAAUUCCACAUCUGCGCGUCUCCUCUCACCGCUGAUGUCAAGCCCAAAACCCACGGGCUGCUGUGCCCCGCCGCCCCCAUCAACCUGCAGUUCAUCGACCGCGAAAACUAGCCUGCAACUCUAACGUCUACUGUACUGUAGGUUUUAUUUCAAAGCAAUGAUCAUUAUUGGCUGUUUGACGUUUUAUUAUUUCUCGUACUGCGAACCAUUGCAGUUUGCCGUGUUGCUCCUUCCUGUAUUUUAUUAAAAAUAGUCAGUGAAAAACACAAACUAUAUUAUGUUGAUGCAUAGAUAAGCAGUUUUCUUUCUGUUUUUGAGAAAGUCACUAAGAAUAUUGGUGGGUAUGAAUGUACUGAGGUUUUUUAUAAGCGGGACAUUGUGUAUAUAAUCAGCUUUCAUUUUUCCACUUUAGCUGAUAUCUUGAUCUUAUUGAGAGGGUUGUUGAAUAGAUUUUGCAAGAGGGGACCAGUUUGUCCUAUCCUGCAGGAUCACACUGGUUUAUAUGAAAGAAUUAAAGCUUAUAUUUUAUAGUUAUGUGCUCUUCUAUCUUUCACUGUGCUGUUUUUAUAGUUGAUCAAGUGAAACUAAGAAACAAAUAAAGAUCAAAAUUGUAUUUGAAA